CAGUGGCUGAUUGAUCCCGCUUUAGUGGGUUACACCGGUCACUAGUCAGAAACUGACAUACGACUCAAUUAACAUCUUUUAACUCCUUCCAUCAAAUUAUAUUCAUCUAACUUUUUUGAUUUUCGAGCACCUGCCCCUAAGAUACAGCGAUACACCCGCUUGCUCAUUACGGGAUCGGGAGUUGGACCAUCCAGCUGCGCAGGAGAGCUCCCCUGCGAGACGCGUCAUGGGAUCCGAGAGAAUCACAGCCGUUUGUUGUAUGUACACCUGAAGAUUGUUGUUGGAUUACAAGGCGCCUUUAAAAAAAAAGAAAAGAAAAGAACUAAUCGAUUUACCGAUAUAAAGAAGUUUUUUUUUUCAGUCACCCGGACUUAUAAGCGUCUGCCAGGGACUCUAUAACUUAAUUUCUCACACACGUUUUGGAUUUUGGUGAAGAGUUGACAUGAUGGUCCCAUCCGACUGCCUCAAAUUGGCUAUCAUCUUGUGUUGCUCAUCGCUCACAAACGGACAUUCGGAGAGAGAGCACUUGCCUAGAAUUCAGCCCCAUAAGAAUCCCAUCAUUCUUCAUAAGGGCGAUUCGCUAAACCUUACGUGCAGAGGUCAUGGCCAGCUGAACUGGACAUUCCAGUCCGUUUCACCAGAAGAGAUGAAGGAGCAGCAGUGUGAUUCCAGACGUCACUCUCGCUCACGCUGCAGAAAACUGACAGUCGCACAUUUAAGAGCCAAUCACACAGGGAUGUACAGCUGUAGAGAUGGCUCAAACCACGUCACUAGCACCUACAUCUAUGUCAAAGAUCCUGAGCAACCAUUUGUGGAGCCCCACGAUUCAACACCUCACAUCGUGUUCAUCUUCAGACAUGAUUCCGAACUCAUUAUCCCCUGCAGGACGUCCGAUCCUGAUACUGAAGUAAAGCUGUCAGCGAUUCCGACUCUUGCAGAAAACAUUGUUAAGGAAAUAAAAUGGGAUCCAAAGGUGGGGUUCAAGAUUCCCUACGGUCCCACCAGUGUGUACAGUUUGUUCAUCUGUGUUACCAUGGCCCAUGGUCGUCAGUUCAAGUCAAUGUACAUCCCUAGGAGAAAGACUGUAGUUAUUAACAAUGUGAAGAUUACCCCAGAGAAUGUUACUCUGCUGGUUGGAGAGACCCUCAUGCUCAACUGUACUGGAGAUACCACCUAUAAUGGAAGACUCAAUUUCACCUGGGUUUUUCCAGGGAAAAAAGAAAAUCGUCAUUUCACGAACAAGACCAGGGACAACCCUGCUUAUGCUUUUACAAUGAGCAAGGCUUUAGUGUUGCCAAAUAUUACCAUGCAGAAUAAGGGGUCUUACUACUGCAAAGCUGAGAUUGAACCCAAAAUAUACAAGACGGUCAUUGCAAACGUUAUGGUCUUUGAGCAUCCAUUCCUCAACAUCUCCUAUAAGCAUGACCUUCUUGGUACAGUGACUGUCAAGGAAGGUAGAGGGAAGUUUGUCUUUGAGCCCAUGGUCAAUGCUCUGCCAAAACCAGACAUAAAAACAUGGUCUAAAGAUGGGGUCCCUAUCGAGAAGAAUUCCACCUGUUACAAGAUGAGGGAAUUCAACUUGAUCAUCUCUGAUUUGCAGCAAAAGCAUGCUGGUGUCUAUACCAUAAGCCUGGGCAACCAAGCGGUGGGCCUGUACAGGAAUCUGAGCUAUACUCUGGUAGUCCACGUAAAGCCAACUAUUUUGGAGGUUGAGCUUGCAAAUGUGGACGUGCAUCCCUACAUGUUUGGCAAACAGCAUCAGCUAACCUGCACUGUUUACGGGUUGCCCAUGCCAAACAUCACUUGGUUCUGGCAACCGUGUCACUCAGAGUCGACACUUAAAGAUUGCAUUUUCUACACGGAGCCAAUCGAGGUCCACCUUGAAGACAGGGGAAAUUACUCUCACAACUGGAUUAAGAGCAUAAAUGUCGAGCCUGAACUGGUUCAAGGGAAAAAAAAGGCUGUUAGUACCCUGGUGAUAGGAGAUGCCAAGAUGUCAGGAAAUUACUUCUGUGUGGCCCAGAAUGAGGUUGGGUCCAACACAAUGCAGUUCCCUUUCUACGUUGAUGAUGAAUCUGAGGGAAUUGCCAUCAAACCUCGUACAGCCAUCGCGGGGGAUAACGUCAUUUUGACCUGUCGGGCCUCUCGUUACCUCUACACAGAUCUGCAAUGGUUGGAUUCCAGGAAUCAAACAGUUACUUCUAGUGUGUCAAGUCUAAAGUUCAGCCCCUACUCCAUCUCCCGUUCUCUUUACCUGCAUAAUGUGUCCAAAAACAGCACUACAGGUUACAAGUGUGAGGCAUACAAGGUCAACAAUAGGUCUGAACUUAAGACCGCUGCACUUAGUGUGAAUGAAAGAAAACAGCCGUGGCUGAGUCAAAAUCUGACUAAUCAGGAUGUGAACAGUAGCAGCACCCUGGUGCUGGCUUGCAUUGCUUUGGGAGUUCCCCAUCCCAACAUCACAUGGUACAAAAAUGGCAUUCCAGUGAAAGAAGGCCCAGGUAUCACACUGGAAGAGACCGGGAAUCUGACCAUUGAAAGGGUGAAGAAAGAUGAUGAGGGUCUGUACGAGUGUAUAGCCAGCAAUGCUGAGGGUGUCGCGAAAACAAGUGCUGUCGUCACUGUGCUCGGAGAGAAGCCAAACAUUGAAGUUAUCAUUCUGGUGUGUACGGGAGCUGCAGCUACGUUCCUCUGGCUCAUGCUUAUCCUCUUCAUCCGCAAGCUAAGGAAGCAACCAGCACACUAUAAGAUGGGUCCAUCGAUCAUCAUUGACCCUGACGAGUGUCCCCUCGAGGAUCAGAAUGACCUCCUUCAGUAUGACAGCAGCAAAUGGGAGUUUCCUCGGGACCGCCUGCGACUAGGCAAAACUCUUGGCCAUGGAGCUUUUGGAAAAGUGGUGGAGGCCUCUGCCUUUGGGAUCGACAAGCUCUCAACCUGCAAGACUGUUGCUGUCAAAAUGCUGAAAGGAGGCGCUACAUCAAAUGAGCGAAAAGCUCUUAUGUCAGAGUUAAAGAUCCUGAUCCACAUUGGUCAUCACCUGAACGUGGUCAACCUGCUGGGAGCUUGCACAAAGCCUGGAGGUCCAUUGAUGAUGAUAGUGGAGUUCUGCAAAUACGGCAACUUGUCCAACUAUUUGAGAAGCAAGAGAGAUGACUUCAUUGUGUACAAGAGCCAGGACGGUAAGGUUGUGCCAUCAGGAUCAGGCUGCGAGCUGAGCGAGCUUAUGAAGCGCCGCCUGGAGAGCGUGGCCAGCACCGGAAGCUCAGCCAGCUCUGGCUUCAUCGAAGAUAAGAGCUACUGCGACUCAGAGGAAGAGGAAGAAGAAUCUGAGGAUUUAUAUAAGAGGAUCAUGACAUUGGAAGAUUUAAUCUGCUACAGUUUCCAAGUUGCAAAAGGCAUGGAGUUCUUGGCCUCACGCAAGUGCAUCCACCGUGAUUUGGCUGCACGAAACAUUCUACUGUCUGAGAAUAAUGUUGUGAAGAUUUGUGAUUUUGGACUUGCCAGAGACAUCUACAAAGACCCGGAUUAUGUGCGCAAAGGAGAUGCUAGACUGCCGCUCAAGUGGAUGGCACCUGAGGCCAUUUUUGACAAGAUUUACACGACUCAGAGUGACGUGUGGUCCUUUGGUGUUCUCAUGUGGGAGAUCUUCUCUCUGGGUGCCUCGCCGUACCCUGGCGUCCAAAUUGAUGAGGAAUUUUGCUGCAGGCUGAAAGAAGGGACCAGGAUGAGAGCCCCAGAAUACUCUUCUUCUGAAAUAUAUCAGACCAUGUUGGACUGCUGGCAUGGGGAGCCACAGGAGCGGCCGACCUUCACUGAGCUGGUAGAAAGACUGGGAGACCUGCUUCAGGCCAGCGUGCAGCAGGAGGGGAAGCACUACAUACCCAUCAACACAGCCCUGCUGGCCAAGGUGGGAGACCUGUCUGCCACCAAGCCGUCAGAGGAGACGCCAACAAGACCCCUCUCCCACCGUGACUCAGGGAGCAACUGGAACAUCAAGAUCCGUCCCGCUAGCGUCAAAACCUUCGAUGAGGUUACCAUGGAGGACGGGACAAAUGAGAACCACGGGGGCGGUCAGUCAGACAGUGGGAUGGGUUUGUCCUCUGACAACAUGAAGACUCUGAAGCGUCUGGAGUCGUUGGCAGGCCGACCUCUGAGCAUCAUGGCUCUAGCGAUGAAGGCAGCAAGUAAGAGUAAAGAGUCUGUGCUGACCGACACUGAAAAGGAGAAAUUCCUACCAACGGUUUCCUCUCUGGACUUCAGUCUGGAUGACUCAGCUCUGGAUGCCGACCUGGAGUGUCACAGCCCGCCGCCUGACUACAACUACGUGGUGCGCUACUCCACCCCACCUGUGUAACCUCCUACUCCAUCCCUAGAGAAUCUGACCGACAGCCUCGGACCCACCGCUUUGUUCUCCUCCGUUUUGACUCUAAUGUGUGGACUGUUCUUUACCAAACAUUUAAGAGAGGGAAGAAAAAAAUCCCUCUUAAAGUGUUUAUAAAGGACACUAUGAAAUGACUCCUGAAUCAACUCUUAACUAGCGUCUUCCAACUUGCAGGGCGCCUGCUAUGCAACAAAAGGAAACCUGUAAGCUGUUCAUUCCUUCCCAGUUUUCAGAUGUAGGCUGACGUUAAUGCUGCUGGUCCAUUCCACAUUCACUGUGAUAUGUCAAACAGCUGAAAACAGGCUCAGGUAUUUCUUUGAUCUACUGUGAAAACAAACCAUAAAGAUUCGAACUUCACCACAGAUUCAAACAAACUAUGGUCGGACGCUUUUAAAGUUUAUAUUGAGACUAUUUUAUAUCUGUUGUAAUUUUCUUUAUGUAAAUUAAAAACUGGAAAGUAUUUGUUAAGAAAGUCAAAAGUGAUGCUUUGUUUUGCAGUGCGGCUACAUCCGUCCAUAUGAAAGUUAAGUUUUGCCUAAAGAAAAAAAGCAGAUGGAUACCAGUAUAACAACAGUUAUUACUUAUGGAAGGUCUCGUAUUUGAGGUGUCAUUGCUCCUGUACUUUCAUAAAAAGCUCUUUUAACUCAGGUUGACCCAGAGCGAUGGGGGGGGGGGUCUGUCAUCAAGCUCUUUUUUAAGCUCUCCAGCUUGAGAAAAAUCACAGGUUAAUGGAGGAAACAGGGUAGAGCUGACAGAACGACCAGACAGCUUCACACUUAAAUUUACAGCUCGACCUUGAAGGCAUUUAAAUGAAGAGUUAUAUUUCAAUCCUUCCUCCUGUCUGAUCUGGCGUUGAAGAAACGUUUUUUUCCCCCAGUCAAACUAAAAAGAGAAAGCGAGAUUGAAUCCAGAGAGCCUCAUGAAUUUGUUUAUUUUCUCAUGUACAAUCUGAGAUAUAAACAUGAGAUCAGACUUCAUAGGAACAGUUUUCUUCGAAAGCACUAGUAAGAAUGAAUUGUGUAUUUAUUUAGAUUGUAAACACUGCUGCGUAGUCAUCUGGUUCUGUUGUACAUUUAGAUUCAUAUUUAAAAGUUAGCCAAAGGAUUUACCGGCUCUCCCUGAUAUCGACACUCCAGAUUUAUUCGUGUUCGUGCUGCUGUAUUCACUGGUAGUAAAGGGAAUCUUCUUCUGCAGAAACAUGCAUGUAGGUAUUCUCCAUCUUUCGUUUAAGUGUUAGCUUGUCUGUAAGCUUGCAGGGCAGGCUACAGAAACUCUACAUGUGCAGCACCAGUCUGCUCUGGUUCACUGUAGGUUUUAUUAUGUGUUAAAAUCUCUUUGUUGUAAUUCAAGAUCAAGUGAAAGUACUUUGGACCAAACAUUCACUCACACUUGUAGUACCAUACAAACACCCUGUAGGAGAGCGCCUAACUUUGUGCUUUUUGGCCACUAAAGAAAACAGUUUUUUUGUCAGUGCGUAAACUACAAAAUGGAUAUUUUGAACCCCUGUGUAUUUCCAAAUGGUGUUUUGUUUGUAUAAUGUGUUGUUUAUGUGGAGAAGAAAUGAUUAUGCACUGAUACUUUAUAUCAAAUAUAGUGUUUUUGUAUUCUAAAGGUAUAUUAUAUUAUUAUCAGACAGUGUUGACAGUCACAUGUUACUGAUUUUAUUUUGCUCUUUUAUUUAACUCCAGUACCUUACAUAGUAGGACAUUAACGUUUACAGUAUUUGUUUUAUUAUUUCUUGCCAACCUAACAUAAAUUUAUUUUAGUUUUCACUUAAUGGAUUAUGUUCACCUCUUAUUUGUCUUCAAUUUCAAGCUUCAUUUCAGCUAUCACAGUAAUAUACAAAGAUUUAAACAUGAAUGCAAAGAUACACAUAUUUGGAUACAUAACCAUGACUAAUGGUAAUCUGCAGCAGUUCAAACCAUCUAUGUGGCUUUUUGUGUUUUUCAUGUAGUUUUACUGAAAUGUAAUGUUCCCCAACACUGUUAACUGAGCAUAUGAAAUAAAUAAAUGAAUAAAGAUCUAUAUAUUUAUACAUUA